UUUUGAACUUCCGUGAAUUUAACAGGAAGACUUCAGAGCAUGAUACACACAGGAAACACACAAGGCUUAGAACUCAAUGGACUUGAUAUUACAUCUUUCAAAAAAAAAAAAAAAGGCUGCCGGUGUAUUUUCUUUCUCUCUAGUAAGAUGUGCAUGGAUAUGUGCAUUGUAAUCUCUUAAUUGCUUUGUAAAAUAGAAUUCUAAAGCCUUUUUAAAAAAAAAUGUAUUGGAUGUCUUUAUAGCUGAUUUUAAAAAAGGUUAAGAAAAACAUAUAGUUCUUUCAAUAAUGAUAAUUUCUGAAAGUUGAGAAUAGCCCAGCUUUUCUUCCCACUUCUGUUCAUACUUUUUUUCAGAUUUAAACCAAAAUAUUUUAAAAAGAGUAACAUUUCUGUGUCUAAUAAAAUGAAUCUCAUUUUUGAAGACUAUGAAACGAAGAUGUUUUUAUGAAGGGAACUUUUUUUAACUUCCUUUAUAAAUCUUUGUGGUUUCCUGUGCAUUUUUCUUUUAGUCCAAGAGCAGAGGGUUUUCAGGUUAAAUGUUUACCUUUUUUGACCACAUGAUGGACUGAGUGAAUGAGGAACUGGUAGUGGUAGAGGAAAGUUUAAUUUUACCAUUGCAUCCUUCCUUCCAUUGAAAGAAGUUGAUUUUGGCAAGUAGAAACUACACUUGUAAACAAAAUUUCCUGUUUUAAAAUGGAGUUAAAAGCACUUCUACACAAGGAAUUCCUUUUUGAAAAAAAGAUUCUGUGUUGAACCUAAUGCUUCUCUUUUUUGUCUCAGAUGAAUUUCUCAAUAUCUUUUUAGGGACAAAGUUCUCAGUUAAGUUCAGAAAGAUGACUGUAGAUUUUUCUCUGUUUAGAUUCUUUUCAUGUGUUAUACAGUGAUAUAUAGUUGUGAGGAAUGCAAUGUCCAUUGUGUGUAUAUAAUUUUUUUAUCCCACCUUUGUUGUUUUUAUAAAUAACUCAAAGUGGAGAACAGACCUAAUAUAUUUUUUCGUCUUCCUGUUUUCCCCACAACAACAACCCUGUGAUGAGGGAUGGGGUAAGAAAAAGUGACUGACCCAAAAUCACAAGCUGGUUUUCAUGCUUAAGGUGGGAUUACGGUCUUCUAGCAUGGUGUCUUCAGUGAAAUCAGAUGCUAUUGUGAUGCUGCACAUUGUGUUGCAACAGGCUAUAUGUGCAAAUCAGAGCUGAGUGCUUGCUUCUCUAGACUGCUUGACCCACAAAACAGCCAUUCUCCACUGACUCAUGGCUGCUUGGACUCCUUUGCAAGCACCCUGGAUAUUUGUCAAGUUAACAUAGCCCAAAACCACUCUGGCAUUGCCAUACCCACGUUGGAGUGUUGUCAUGAGGAUAUGUGCAAUUACAGAGGCCUCUAUGAUGUUCUGUCUACUUCCAGAGGUGACCCAUUGGGACAAGGGAGCAGAUACCAACAUGACAAUAGCCGAAACCUCCUCACUAAAGUUCAGGAACUUACCUCCUCAAAGGAAUUGUGGUUCAGGGCUGCUGUCAUCGCUGUCCCCAUCGCAGGUGGACUGAUCUUGGUGCUUCUCAUCAUGCUAGCAUUGCGUAUGCUCAGAAGUGAAAAUAAACAACUUCAGGACCAGCGGCAACAGAUGCUCUCGCGGUUGCACUACAGCUUCCAUGGACAUCAUUCCAAAAAAGGACAAAUGGCGAAGCUAGACUUGGAAUGCAUGGUGCCUGUCACAGGUCUUGAGAACUGUUGCAUGACCUGUGAGAAGAUGCGACAGCCAGACUUCAGUAAUGACAGAAUACUUUCACUUGUCCACUGGGGCAUGUAUGGAGGGCAUGGAAAGCUGGAAUUUGUGUGAUCACUUCUUUUCUGCUUUUUUAAAAUAUCAGUAUAUAUAUAUUAAAAUUUUGUCCCUAAAAUUACUAGGAUUUUUUUUCGAAGGCUGUUGGGUUCUGCUGGACAGGAGCACUUUAUAUGGGAGUGGGAGAGAAGCCUACAGUCAUUAGUCCAAAAAAAAAAAAAAAGGACCUCUGCAGAUGAAACAUUGGAUUUGUCUUCUGAAGGAUUCCAAAAGAGAUCUCUUAUUUGCACAGAGUAAAUACACUUGAUGUAUUGUUUGUUUUAAAAUUAUGAAAGCCAAUUUGAGAAGUUGUACAUGCUGUUACCACAGUUGUCUGAACUGUAGGGAAAUGGGUGGAGUAAUUAUACUAUUAAAUGGUAUGCACAUUCUGAUGUAAAGAUUUUUUUAAAAAACACACAAAUAUAUAGAUAUCUAUUUUGGCUGAAACUUA